CAGGUCCAUUUUGGAGCCAGAAUGGCAUCUCUCACCUUACUAAGAAGGGGACACACGGGAUUCCAGAGGAAAAAUGAAGUAGGCGUCGGAUUUCCAUCCUCGGGUGUUUAUUGAAGUUUUGAGUUCAGCUCAGAUUUAUGUGGAUAGUUUAGUUGGUUUUUUUCUUUACUUUGUUUGUAAAUUUUCUUUGCGCGAAUUUCGGGAUGAUGCCUAUAAGGGUGUCUGGCGCUCAAGGCUACACCCGAAGAAAAUCGGGAAAUAAAGCUGAGCAAAGUCGAUGCAUUUCUGCAGAGGAAGGCGAUGCUUAAAAAAAAUUGCACCCUGUUACCUUGGAGCGAAUUGAAGAACCGGAAAAGGAAAAUGCGUUCCUGCAUAAUUCAACUCAACGUCCGGAAUUUGCCAUUCCAAGUGCUCCUCCCUUGAGCUGGGAAGUAGAAGACUUAAGGAAGGAAAACUUAUUUCUUGGGCAAGAAUUGGCGAGGAAGGACAGGAUGCUGGAAAACACAUUAGGCAAAGUUGAUCAAGCUAUAUCUCGAUUGGAAGCCGUCUCUAAAAUAAAUGAAGGUCACUUUGACCACUGGCGUGAUUGUGUGCCAAAAAAAGUUGAGGACUUUUAGGUCAAUGAGCCAAAAGGAGUCCAUUUUUGUUGGGGAUUUGGCGGAACUUAUUCUUGGCAAGCAAGGGCUCAUGAUCAACACCGUGAAAGGCAGAAGCAAAGGAAAAGGAAAAUUGUGCUCACUAAAAAUCGAAGCAAUUCGAUGUGAGUUCGAAAGGUGGAUGAUCCAGGAUAUAGGCUACGGCAGGGAUAUGGUCUGCCAGCAGUUAAAUAAAAUGACCCGUUAUAUCAAUUUAAAAACUGGUUGGCUACUGGCGGUGCAAAAAGGGACACCCUCUACAGAAAUAUGCGAGAGGACCACGUCGCCUUUAGCAGCGGUAUCGGAAAACUUCCGACCGCACACAUCGACGGAUACAUUAACACACGACGCAAUGCAUGCACCGACAUCCUAUACCGCACCGGAUGCAUUCAGCAAAAAUAACAACAUACCUGUUUUCCAACCUUGGAAUUAAUGUGAUGGAAUUUUUCUUUUUUUUUUUAAAUUAUGAUACGCUACAAUAUAUUAUUUUGUAAUGUUAAAGACUAGAAAAUAACUUCAGAACU